AUAAGCUCUACGUAGGAGGCAUUCUUCCCCACUGGUUAGGCGCAAGGUUUCUCCUGAUAUCCUGCUUGCUUAGGGCAUUUCAAACUCUCAUGAAGUAUUUAGUUGCUCGUACAUUGGUCAAUGCCGUAGAGCGAGAGCCGAUCCGUACCAUGGGUGAGAAUCUCAACAAGACAGAAGGCAUACUCCUUAUAGGGACAUUGCUCGCCUCUACCGCAUAUGGUAUCACCACUAUGCAGACCUACAUGUGGUACCGCAACUAUCCCAAAGAAUCCAUGUUGAUUCGUGCGGUGGUCUGGUCCCUCUUUAUGCAUGUCAUCUAUUACUACCUCAUCCUCAACUUCGACAAUCCAGCGGCACUUAAGCUGUCUGUGUGGAGCUUCGAUAGUACAAUAGCUCUGACGGCAGUGAUCACUUGCAUCGCACAUGGAUUUUAUGCCCGCCGCGUCUACAUCUUGGCAAAUAGAAAUUGGUUUCUACCCACGGUGAUUGCCAUCCUGUCAGGUAUUAGACUAGUUUUCGGUUGCAUCAUCGUGAAACGGCUGUAUGUACAAACAUGGACUUUGUCCAACGGUCAGGCGACUACUGAAACAACAAAUUGCAGGCUAGUAAUCAAAGUUGUCGCGGAGCUGCCACACAAAAUCGGGAUGAUAGUCGGCAUAAGCAUGGGCUCUGCUAGUCUAGCCGACUGGAUCAUCACAGCUGCGCUGGUGAUUCUGCUCCGUCGUCGUAGGUCUGGGGUAAGAGAGUGAGUACGCAACCGACAUAACUAUCUGAAACACACCUCUCUCGACGAGGGCUGGUAGUAGAGUGACCAAGUACUGAUUACAAUCGUGCAUUACGAUGAUCAUC